AUGGUCGCCCCGGAUAUCACGCCGACGAUCAAGGAGGAGGGGCCGUUGUCGACGGUCAAGGAGGAAGCAGCUCAGGGGGACACCAUCGAGCCUUCAAGUUUGCAACCCGAAUUGCCGUCGACCCGGCAGGUCCUUCCAGCAAGUGGCCCAAGUUCGCUUGGAACCCCGCCGUCACCGACAUCCCGAAUGACGGAUGUCAUUGACUUGACGGCGGAUGAAGAUCUGGACGAGCGUGUACCCCGGAAUUCCGAAGUGUCAUCCAGGAUAUACGUCGAGGAACAAGUCCGACGCUGGGAGCGUGAGCAGUCCGAGUACGUGUCAUCACCGACGGUGCGUUACGAGUGGCCGAGCCCUGGACCCAACUUCCAGGCUUGGUACGUCACGGCAAACGCGACCUCCGAGUACAUUACAACCCGGAUGUCGAUGGCCCGUCAGAGCGACGCUUGGAUUUCCGAGUGGAACCUCGUGCGGUUGUCCCCGAAUGCUGUCGACGAUGACCUGUUCGCCCUGAGUGUCGACUUCGACACGCUGUCCGCGGUCGAGUGCGUUGCGCUCCUGCAGACACUGUUCUUCGAGGCCGGUUUCAGGUUUCGCAACCUAAUUCCAGGAUGGUCUCAGCCUCGGACGUCCAGAUUGAACCCGGAAGUGGUGUUGAGAGUCGCUCAGGACCUUCAACACUUGCUCGCUCUGGAAAUCCUGAAUUAG